GUCCCUCAAUUAAUUAAAUAGUUAGCUAGCUCAAUUAUUUGUCUCAAUAUCUUUCCAUAUAUAGAAUUCUUUUGCUGAACCUUCUCAUUUCCCCCCUCUUCGUUAGCCCACAGAUUUGAUGGAAAUUUGUCAGUUUUUCAGUUUUCUAUUAUGUGAUGUUGUGGAAGUUCUGAAUCCAUGCAUUAGGCGGAAGGUCAAAAAGAAGGGGCAAAAGCGGAUCCGGCAGCCGCGGUUUGCAUUCAUGACCAAAAGCGAAGUUGAUCAUCUUGAAGACGGCUACCGCUGGAGGAAAUAUGGCCAAAAGGCUGUCAAGAACAGUCCAUUCCCCAGGAGUUACUACCGGUGCACAAACAGUAAAUGCACGGUGAAGAAAAGGGUAGAACGGUCAUCAGAAGAUCCGACGGUUGUGAUAACAACUUACGAAGGCCAACAUUGUCACCACACCGUCGGAUUCCCACGAGGUGGGCUCAACUCGGCGCAGGAAGCUGUUUUCGGGUCUCAAUUUUCUCCUCAUAUUCCGCAGUUUUAUUACCCUGAAGUUCAGCCGCCGCCUACAACUCCUCCUCCUCCUCCUCCUCCUCCCAAUACCCACCACUUGCCGCCGCCGCCUCCGCCUGAACCUACGGAGGAACAAGACUCAACAAAUUCACUGCAACUUGGUUCGGACCAAGGCUUACUUGGCGACAUUGUGCCCCCCGGCAUGCGCAGAAAAACAUAACCACGGCCCAUCAAAAAACCAUCGUGGUAUGGAAAUCCUGCACUAACUUUUUGAAUUUCCAGCUUCGAUUUCUAAACUUCUUUAACGCGUAAGAUUGUGUCUAUCUAAUUCGAGUAGUUUAACAAGAUUUUAAACAGUCCUUUAACCUUUCAUUUUUUAGUCCAAAAUAGGUCUCUAUUAACUCCAUUAAUUUCACGAUUUCACGAUUAUAUGAAAACUUGAAAGUUUAAGGAGUCAUUAAAACAAGUUUAAACUACAUUUAGAUAGACACAGAGGAAACUUGUAAUUUAACCCCUUUUUUUCCUCUUUUUCAAUUGCAAAUUAUUUUUAUGUUCUCAUUAUUUAGGGGCUGAAAAAGCCAAGUGGGAGAUCUUGAUGUAGUCAUUUAUGCAUGCUUGAAUUUGUACAAAAAUUAUCAGAAAGGCUGUGUCGGCUGUCUCUACCAAUUUUCUUUUGACUUGUUCUAGAUUUAACUCACAUUGGUGUGUACCUACCACUACCAUGUAUAUAUAUAUAUAUGGAUUAAUUGAAUUUUAAA